AUGUCGAACUUCUUUCGUGACAGUUCUUUAGGCUUCAAACCGAGAUCUAACAUAUUCUCGAAGCUGCGGGUGAAGGAUAAUGAGGCUUCAAAUGAGAAUUCUAACACGCAAGAGGGCGAUUCUUCUUUGGAAGAUCUGUUUUUGAAUUCUAACAAGGAAGAUAUUACAUCUCCAGCCACUACAAUUAUUAAUUCUGACGGGGGAAAAUUUGGACAUAGCUUGCAGCUGAGAUCCAGUACACCUAACCCGAGUACCACCAAAGCUGAGAAACCGGGCCGCGGACUUCUGGAGGAGGAUGAUCUAGAGAUAACGGAAGUGAGAGAUGUACCAAUCUCCAAAGAAGAAAGUGGAACUAGUUCUGGUACUCCAAAUAGUAAUCAAAUAAAUGCAAAAACCGUUAAUCUUAGCUUACCAGUACUACCAGCAUCACAACAACAACGGUCAGAAAGGGAAUGUGAUAUCGAUGCAUCUUCAAACGAUGUUUUAUUAGAAGCCUUUACCAACACGCAAAAGAUAUGCUCGAAUUUAAAACAAGAAUUGCAUAAAGUACAGACUGAAAAUUCCAAGUUGAAAACACAGGUCCAAAGCUAUCAGAGUGACAAAGAAAAAAUAAUGGAUAGAUUUGCUGAAUAUAAAAAACUUUUAAAUUCAUUCAGUGAAAAAUCCAAAUUACUUUUUGAGCAAAAGAAAAAGGAAGAUACUCAAUUGAAGGAAUUUAAGGAAAACUACGAUAAGCUUUUGAAAAAAGUGGAAAGUUAUAAAGAUGAUAUCCAUGGAUUGAAAAAUAAUCUAUCCCAAUUAAGAUUUUUAAAGAAGGAUUCAGAUACGGAAUUGGCUAAAAAGGUUAAAGAAAUUGAGUAUUUGAAAAGGGAGUUGGACAGCUGCUCUGGCCAAUUAAGCGAGGAGAAGCUGAAAAAUAGCUCCUUAGUCCAAGAAUUUGGUAAGAUCAGGGGUGAACUGAUGGUGAAUUUGACACAAAAUCUAUCUCAGGGCCAAUCUCAAAUUUUGGAAAAAAUUGGUAUUUUGGAAUCAAACUUCAUCGGCGCUUAUCACGUUGAUUGGAACAACUUCAGCGAAUCAUCAAUUUCAAAAUUAACCGAAUGCAUAGGAACUCUGAGAACAAAUAUUUCAUCUGAAUUUAAAACAAGUUUUGGCGAGAACAAUCGAUCACUCGUUGAUUAUUACCAGAAAUCAUUUAUCGAAUUUAUGGGAAGAUUCAACCAAAUUGACGGAUAUUACGAUAAACUAAGCACCAGUAUUAAAGAAGGUACAGAGUUGCAAAGCGCAAAGUUUGAUGCACACACAAGCUCUUUAUUUUCAGAGUUGCGGAGAGGUAAAGAUGAAUCUUGGGAAUUGAUAAAGAAAUGGUCAAAUGAGAAUGAAAAUCGUUUACAAAUUGUUCAGGAUAAAAUCAACAGCAGCAAUCUUAAUUCUUUCCAACUAAUAAAAACAACUUCUGAGGAGUAUACGGCAAUAUCCGGAGAUAUCAAAGACAGAUUACAAAAGUACCAAUCUGAAUCAUUUGAAAUCCUUCAGAAGCAUUUACAAAAACUACCUGGAUUCUUUGAUGAAGUCCGCGAGGGUCAUAUAAAAUCAAAAAAAUGGAUGGAAAAAUUGGCUCAAGAGCUUUCAAGCUAUAAGGAAAGCUUAACCAACAGUCGUGAAUAUGAAGCAAAUAUUUCAGGCUUACAAUCACAAAUUUCUUCUUUACAAUUGCAAAAGAGCCAAGCACUCAGCUCUUUAGGAACUAAGGAGGCCCAAUAUGAGGACUUAUGUAAUUCGCUGAUCUCUAAGGAAACAGAACUUGCCAGGUUUAAGGAAAUAGAGAAAGAGUUGCAUGGUAAGAUUGAAAACAUAUCAUCAGAAGUGGAACAACAGAAAAACAAGUGGUUAAGACUCAAUGAAGAAAAUAUUACUUUAAAGGCUAAUUCAGAAAAUAAACUAGUAGUCCAAAAUGAACUUCUUAAGGCCUUUCAGUCCGAGAACAAUACCCUAAAACAGCGUACCGCUCAGCUCGAAGACGUACGUCAACAGUACGAAAAAGAAAAUUCAACACGACUAGACAAAAUUCAGAGGAUAAAUGAACAAUUACAAAAAUUAAACGUGGAGAUGGUUCAAUUAAAAGCACAUGAAUUAGAAUUGGAAGAAGAAAACCGCAAUUUAAAGAGGUUGAUAGAGGAUAAUAAAAUGGAGUUCGAGGACACAACAGAUGAUUAUAAGCGUCUGAAACAGAGAGUAAUUGUUUUGGAAUCAGAUAAACAAGAUAUUGUUUCCGAAAAGCUGGAGUUACAGGAUCAAAUGGAGAAAAUGCAAGCUGUAGUAACCGGGUUAAAACAAAAAGUCUCUUCUUUACAAAAAAACGAGCAUGAUUAUUCAAAACAGCUUGAAGCACAAGCGGCUGAGAUGAGACAAAUUCCAAAACAACCAAAACGACCUGAGAACCAAGGUAACGGAAGAAAAGAGCCUGCUAAAAGGAGGAUACGAGAACACCUAGCCCCAAUGUUCAAGCCCCAAGCACCUUCGCUGCCACCGCCACUACCUUCAACUCAACGCCAGCUCAAGUCUAAUUCAAAGGAUAAAGAUGAAGAAGCAGAUGAAUUUGAUCUAUCCUCUUCUUUAAAUGAUGAUCUUGAAUUGACGAACCCAUCACCGAUAAAACCGGUUAUAGCCAAAAGAGGUGACACUAAGAUUAGACCUCCAAUGGGUUCACGCAAGAAGCUACUCUUAUUAGAUGAACAAGAUUCCACACCUUCGAAGCAUAGGUGGAAGAAAAGAAGAAUUUGA